AUGAUUUUUCACGGUUUAUUGCGAAAUCAUCCAGAAUUGAAACCAUUGUGGAUAUUUGCUGCUAAAUUAGAAACAGAAUCGGAGAUCCGUAGUAAUCCACAAGUGAGAUAUCAUGCAGCAAAAAUUAUGCAUACAUUAAAUGAAAUUAUAUUAAAUAUCGAGGAUAUGGCUAAACGAAAACGAUUAUUAGUAGCAUUAGGCAGAAUACAUUUUAAUUAUGAAGUACAACCAUGUUAUUUUGAGUUUGCGAGUGUAGCAAUGGAUUCUGUUUUGACUAGUUUGCUUGGUAAAAGUUAUAGAAACAGAAUCGGAGAUCCGUAG